GUCUUGUUCCAACUUUCAACACUCGACAAUGGUUGUUAAGACUAUUACACACACUGACACAAGCUCACACACAAACGCAUGCACACAAUAUAUAUACAUAUGUUUUGUGUGUGUCUUAAAUGUUGAAAGUGAUUAGAUACGAGAUAAAGCCAACUAAAGCAUCCUACGACGUCAGAGACACAUGGCGUCGAUAGUGAUGCUCCUUAGAGCACUGAUGAGUUGCCGUCUUACGCCUAAAGACGAGCCGGAGACAUCGGAUUCUUCUUCGUCUGCUGCGAAACUUUACAGAAAUAUCGUCGGAGACGAAAACGUGACAAGGAAGAGAAUUUCAGUGGUUGAUACAUCGCAUCUUGGCGAUAAUCACGAGUUUAUUAUCGAAACUACGUGUGGAAGCAACGAUAUGGAUGAAGGGUUUUACUGGAUCAUCGUCAGGAAUCACUUGAUGUGAAUUUUAUAAAGCGUUUAAGUAUAAUUAAGUAAUGUAAGUCCUUGGUCCUUGCAUGAUUUGUUUUUCUUAGGAUCAACCAUGCAGCAUUCUGGACUACUAAAUUUCUAUCAAGAUAAAUCAUGUGUUGUGACAAUUUGAACCAAUAAUCAGUGGUUAACUGUCAAAAAAAUAAAUUUAGUCAUAUUUUCGUUUUGUCGUUUUUUAAUUUUUGUUAGUGAAUUUUGUCGUAAAUAAAACGAACCAAAGAAAAUAUGAACUGAUUCGAGUCAGUCUACGCUCUUUUCGAGUAUCAAAAUUAAGAACUUUUCC